AUGUCGCCGUCAGCGAAGCCUCCGAGUGCUGCUGGCCAGAAUCGGAGUGCCAGGCCACUGCCGACCGAGCACAGGAGCACCCCCGCCCGCACCGAGAAGGCGACGAGCGCUCAGCAGAUGGAGUCGCCGCGCAAGGAGUCGGCCCAGUCCGCCCGCCCUGCUGCUGGAGCUGGAGCCACAGGCCUGCGACCCCCCAACCUCAAGAACCGCGCCCACUCGGCGCCCAUGAUACCCAAGAAUCACCACCAUGGAACCGAAGACGAUGAUGCCAUGCAAAGCUUGGGCGAAGGGGCCGAGGACUGGGAGAUUGCCGGCGACGAGUUCUUCCAGCGAUACCACUUCCCCGACGCCGUCCAGCCCACCAAGCUCGAGAUAUCCUCCAGCUCCGUAGACUCGUCCUCCGACACCGAGGGGCCCCUCUCCCCCACGAACCUCAAAGGCCGCCAUCCGCUGCAAAUGGAUGCCCCUCCCAGCCCGCGAUCGCCCGCUCCAUCUGCAGGUUCCGGCACCAGCGACUCCGCGUCCAUGCAGGACAUCAACGUUGCCGUACUGGGCGCCCGCGGUUCGGGCAAGUCCACCUUCAUACGCCACGCCCUCAAUUUGCCCAAUGCUGGGCCAGGCGCAGUCUGCACCCGCAAGAUGACCAUCGACGGCGGACUAUACGUUGUGCGAUUUCUCGAAAUGCCCAUCAACGACGUGCAGGUUCGAGACCAAAACUGCAUCAAAUGGCCAGAUACCCUCGAAGAUUCAGUGACGCCACGAAUUGACGGUGCCAUCACCAUCUAUGAUGUCACCAGCGAACAGAGCCUGGCACGCGUGCCAGAGGCAGCUCGAUCACAAGCAUCAAUGGCUCGCCGACGAGCAAAUUCCUCGGCAGUGAGAUCCAGCACUGCCAGAGAUCCUUGGGAUCGUAAACAUGAACGCGCCAACUCCGAAUUUUCGACAAGAUUACGACCAAGCUCUGCUGAAGUCAAAGGCCACCGAUACAAAGCAAGCGAAACCAACAAGACCUUCUUCAACUUCGAAGAAGAAUCACCGACAUAUGAAUCCAAUGAUUCUGAUGGCCAAGCGUCCGAUAGAGAAACUCUGGCCUGUGAGCUGCCUUCGGACGAGAACGGAUAUACUUUCGAUCAGCUUGUGGAUCGACUCCUAGCGCAACCCAUGGACAAGAAGGAUACCAAAUUCGUCCACAUGUUUCUUGCUCUUUAUAGAAAAUUCUCAACGCCAGGCCAACUGCUUGAGGGGAUAUUGAAACGAUUCGAGGCACUCAGGAGGCGGACACCCCCGGUUCUCCGAAUCAUAGCGCAAUUACAUUACCUCACCAUCAUGCAACAGUGGACAAGUCACUAUCCCGGAGACUUUGCCUAUCCUUCAACGAGACGCACGCUGCGGAGAUUUGCCACAGCCCUCGCUGGUAAUCGCGAAUUUGCCGUUGCAGCGGCAGAAAUACUCCACGAUUAUGAGGCUAUCACGGAAGAUGACGACACAGAAUGGGCGUGCAGCGAUCGCCUGCGUGCUCAAAAUGAGCAGAUCCCGACGUUCCACACUGUCCUGGACGAGGACUCGGAUGACGACGACUUCACCAAAGCGCUUGGCCACAUGUCCAUGUCGUCAGAACGGUUAUCGAUUGCGCGGAGCAGCAUGACUGGACACUCACGAUCUACACAAGGAACAACAGGAACGACUAGUUCAACGCAGACACUACUUCACCAGGUCGAGAUGAAUGAACGGUUGGCGAGGCAUCUUGUUCCAAAUCCGAUAAAGCCACUGACAAAGCUCCAAUGGCGCCAGUUCAUGGAGGAAACCGAAGAAGCCAUAGCCAAAGAAUUGACGAGAAUUGACUGGAUCAUGUUCUCGUCGAUCCGGCCUCGUGAUUUGGUCCGCCACGUAAGCAUGAGCGCGGAAGAGAAGAAGAGAUUUAAGAGUUUGGAAAAUGUUACACGGAUGACGGAUCAUUUCAACCACGUCCAUUUCCUCGUACAACACUACAUCCUCAUGCGAGACAAGCACCGGCAUCGUGCUCUCAUGCUCGAGAAGUGGAUGAAGGUAGCCCGUGAGCUGCGAAAACUGAAUAACUACAAUUCUCUCGGGGCCGUCCUGGCCGGUAUCAAUAGUACAGCAGUGCACCGCCUCGCAGCCACCAGGGAACUCGUUCCCCAGCAAGCCAAUCUAGACUUUAUGAAGCUCGAGAUCCUCAUGGGGCAAUCGCAAUCCUACAAGUGCUACCGACUAGCAUGGGACAACAGCGCGAGAGAACGCCUGCCAUACCUACCUCUGCACCGACGAGAUCUAGUAACGGCGUCGGAAGGUAACGCGACAUUCGUAACCGACAAAACCAAGCAGCCCGAGGUGUUCACGCCUCAUCCCGGUACCAGCGUAUCUCUCGGCGCGGCCGGAAACCGGAAUUCAAGAGAGGCGCCCCCAGGUGGCGUCACAGGUAAAGAGCGCAUCAAUUGGAAGAAAUUCGAGCUCAUGGGGGACGUGAUUGUGAGAGUUCAACGAGCACAGGGAACACCGUACCCGACAUGGCGGCAGAACGACGAGAUCAAGAACCUUCUCCUCGACAUCAAGAUCAUGAAGGACGAGGAGGAACUGUACGACCGCAGUCUCAGCCUCGAGGCCGCAGGCGCAGGCGAGAAGAAGAAAUUUGCCAGCUGGUGGCGAGAGCGUUAG